UGAUUUGAGUAAAGGGUUAGAGAAAGAGAAAGAAUUAGUCGAUUCUUCCAGCAACAAGUUUGAUUUUUGAUCCGGUCGAUCUAAAUCCGAAGACAUAUAUAUCUUGUUGUAGCAGAGAAAUUAAGUUUUGGGCGAGGGGGAGAUAGAAUGUGGGUGUUCUACCUCAUCUCGCUUCCAUUGACGCUGACAAUGGUGGUUUUGACGCUAAUUUACUUUGCUGCUUCUCAAGUUCCUCGUUACGUUCUCUUCACAGUUGGAUAUGCCUGGUUCUGCUCUCUUUCCAUUAUCAUCCUCGUCCCUGCUGAUAUCUGGACGACCACAAGUGGUUCUUUAAAUGGUGGAAUAUCUUUCUUAUGGAGUUGGUCAUAUUGGAGUACAUUUUUGCUUACUUGGGGUCUUGUUCCCCUUAUUCAAGGUUUUGAAGAUGCUGGAGACUUCACGGUGACAGAGAGAUUGAAGACUAGUAUACAUGCGAACUUGAAGUUCUAUGCCAUCUUGGGAUCGAUUGGUCUCUUUGGAAUUGUUCUCCUCUCUCUUAUGCACAAAGAUGGGAGUGAUGACAUUCGGGGCUUAGCUAUGGCAUGUUCAAAUACUUUUGGGCUCAUAACAGGUGCAUUUCUCCUUGGUUUUGGUUUAAGUGAAAUUCCGAAAAGUAUAUGGAGAAAUGCUGAUUGGACCACUCGACAGAAGAUUAUCUCUCACAAAAUCAGCAGCACUGCAGCAAAACUUGAUCACGCUGAACAAGAAUUGUCAAAAGAAAUUAUGGUUGCCCAAAUGACAUCCAAUCAGAUGCCUAAGCAUGACCCGUUGAGACCUUGCUUGGACGUUAUCAACAACAUGUUGGUGGAAAUGUUUCGGGAAGACCCAUCCUUGAAGCCCCAAUGGAGUCUUUUAGAGAAGAAUGAUAUGGAUUAUGGUGCUGAUGAGAAAUCGAUGUCCAAACUUAGACGGAAUCUUAGGAAUGCUCGAGGGGAGUAUUAUCGCCAUAAAAGCGAGUACGUGAAAUAUGUCAUGGAAGCCUUUGAAUUGGAGGAUACAAUCAAGAAUCGUGAACACUGUGGUUCAACCGGAUGGAAAUUUGUUUCAAGCUUGAGACCUGCACGUUCUGGCAAAAUAGGGUCUUUUUUCGAUUCAAUGGAAUUAAUCUGGAGAUGUUUUCUGAAGAUGCAACUUCAAAGACUAUUUGCCUUUGUUCUUGGUUGUAUGUCUGCUGCUAUUCUUUUAGCAGAGGCAACAUUGUUGCUAAGUGAACUUGAUUUAUCCAUGUUCUCAAUUCUCAUAAAAUCUGUCAGAAAGCAGGAGGCACUUGUUCAGCUGGCCGCUUUUGUCCCUCUUAUGUACAUGUGCAUCUGUACAUAUUACUCAUUGUUCAGAGUUGGGAUGCUUAUGUUUUACUCUCUAACACCCCGACAAACAAGUUCCGUCAACUUACUUAUGAUAUGCUCGAUGGUUGCUCGUUAUGCUCCUUCAAUUUCAUACAAUUUUCUGAACCUUCUCAACCUAGAUGGGAAGAUUACUGUGUUUGAAAAGCGUAUGGGGACUAUCGGUGAUGCCAUUCCAUUCUUUGGGAAAAACUUCAAUAAGAUAUAUCCAUUAAUUAUGGUCGUCUACACAUUGUUGGUUUCAUGUAAUACCUUUACCCGGAUAAGUAACUAUUCUGGGAACUUGAAGAAGUUUAGAUUCCAAAUGGAGGAAGAUGAUACAGAUGGAUUUGAUCCAUCUGGCUUACUGAUCUUGCAAAAAGAAAGAAUGUGGCUUGAACAAGGGCAUGCAAUCUGUGAAGAUGCUGUUCGAUUUCCGAGUAGUCGCGGAUUUUCAAACAUGGAUAUUGAAGAAUCAAGCUUCAGUAACUUGGCUCAGAAGAUAAAUGUUGCUGAACUGAAUGCAUCAAACAGAGGAGUGAGGUCUAUAGAAAGUUCAUCGUCCAGGUACAAUAGUAAACGCGAAGAGAUUAGCAGAAAGUACGCGGCUAAAAGAGAACUGGUUCGGAAAGAUGGGCUAGAAGAUUCGGCAAAGGUCCCUUUACUGGAUUCUGGGAAUUCAGCAGGGCCUAGAAAGUUUAUUCCCUUAAACUGUACCAAACUUUUCUCUAGUAUCUCUUUGUUUGAAUCCUUAGAUGGUGCUGAAAUUAGUAAGUUUGAUCUCCCACGAGAUAAUAAUGCAUUUGAUUGAA